UAUUACGUCAUAAAUCAAUGCGGAAGUAUGUACGCAGGGAACAGGAAAUUAGCAUUUUAAGUUUUGUUUACAUGUGACACACAUGCAGUUUGCGGAGUUGAUGCUGAAGCUCCGUGAAGAACCGCAGCAUGUUCCCCCGCAGCGCUGCACCGAGGGGCAGGUCAGUCUACAGUCAUGGUCCGUACCCGCCGCCCGCUGUGCCCCGAUAUUACGAUUACAACCAUCAAAGAGCUGCUGGUGUCAACAGUUUCCAUGUUCCUGGACCGGAGAGGUUGCCUCCAUAUGAGUGGAAGCCCACACCAUCCACCUCCCGGGUCCCUCCUCCUCACGCACCAACAAUGAUCAAUGGACGCAAGAGGAGUAAUGAUGAAUACAGCCACCAUGUUGUGAAGCGUCAGCGCCUUGACUCCUCUUCCCGCCCACUGAUAAGCUCCCCUCCAGUUCAGAUCCCUCCUCCCCUCCAUCUCCACGACCAAGAGAUCGCAGGGUCCUCGAGAUCAUCCUUCACUGGAAAUGAUCGCUCUUAUCACAGCCCACACUCCCAUCUGCACCCUCAGGUGUCUGCGAUCCCAGAAGGCUCCAACAGCCUGCAGGUCUAUGCUAAAGACAAGCUGAGUGGUCAGAUGGUGGAGCUGUACGAGGCGUGCCAGCAGCAAACUCCCGAUUUGGUUCGGAAGGAGACGUGCCGAACUCGGCUGCAGCAAGACAUACAGGGUGUCUACGCAGUGGCACGACUUUACUUGACUGGAUCCUCUAUGAGCGGUUUAGGCUGCCGGAGCAGUGAUGCUGAUCUGUGUCUGGUCCUCAAGGGAAAUAAAAGACAUGAUCCUAUUCAUGUACUCUCUGUGCUCCAAAGAUUGUUCAAAUCGCUGCCAUAUGUAGAAAGGACUCAGCUGAUCAGAGCCAAAGUGCCAAUCCUCAGGUUCAGAGAGAAAGGCAGUGAUCUGGAGUUUGAUCUGAAUGUCAACAACACGGUGGGCAUCAGAAACACAUUCCUUCUGAGGAGUUAUGCCUAUGCUGAUCUCAGGAUAAAACCCAUCAUCCUUGUUGUCAAGAAAUGGGCACGUCACAAUCAAAUCAAUGAUGCCAGCAAAGGAACGUUGAGCAGCUACACACUGGUGCUGAUGGUGCUGCACUACCUCCAGACUCGUAAUGAACCAGUCCUUCCAUCUCUACAGAGGGACUACCCAGAGUGUUUUAAUCCCCUUUUGGACAUCAAUGCGGUUCCAGAGGGACCUAAACACAUCCCCCCCUACAUCUCAAGAAACCAGUCCUCUCUGGGAGAGCUGCUUCUGGGCUUUCUCAAAUACUAUGCCACAGACUUCAGGUGGGAUAAGCAGGUGAUCUCUGUCCGAGAGGCCCGAACUUUGCCCAAGAACAAUUCUAAAGAGUGGAGAAACAAGUACAUUUGUGUGGAAGAGCCAUUCGAAAGAAAUAACGUCGCCAGGGCAGUCCACGAGAAGGUCAAGUUUGAUGCCAUCAAAGCUCAGUUUGUUGAGUCAUGGCGGAUACUACAGAAGAGGAAGGACCUGAACUCGAUCCUCCCCGUCAGAGCUAUCAUUAAUAAGGAGUCAUCCAGGAGAUAAGGGGAUUCCUCUAAUUAGACGAGCUGACGGGAGUCUUCUACCUCACGACAGGCCUUUCCCCAGAAAUGAUGUAAGAUCUUUGCUGACACAGGAGCCCCGCUUCCUCCAAGCCUAACAGCCAGACAGACUCUGGCCGCCCUCGGUAUCGGUCACAUACAGUACUAUAUGUCCUGUGGCAGUACCUGUUGAAAAUACUGCACUCACUGUCAAAUGCUUUUGCUGCCUUUGCCAAAUUUAUGUAACUGAUAAAAUUGCAGUAAGUGAAAGUAGAGGAAAAAUACAAUAUUUGUGGAGUGACACCAGAGGGCUCUGAAAUCAAACUCCUGUCACUCAAACUGGAUGUAAGAGACGCUGCACUGGAGCAGGAUAAUGGUCAGUGUUGUUAGAGAUGGUUAUUGUUGCGACACAGACCUCUUUUGCACAUAACAUCCUCGGACAAGUGUGAGAAGACGCAAAAUGAUAACCUGCUUAGCGUUAACGUUUAACAGAUCACCUCCUAUGAUCUCAGUUUUAGUUACAUCCUCAUCGCUACAGCCAUACUGCACUGUCAUUUUUGAAGAUGCCAAUUUGUUUCAUAUGUUUGUAUAUAUAAAUAAUGUCUUGAGCCUGUCUGCACCAAUUUGUAACAUCAAAGUCGUUUUUUAAUUUUUCUAGGUCAAUAGUGAAGCUAUUGUGGGUUUAAACUCAAUAGACACUUUCUUUCUACAGCUGCAUUAAAGGCCCUUCUCUUUUUUUCAUCAUCAUCAUCUUUAAGUUCUCAGGUCCUCUGAAAACUGAGCUUGUUUUUAAGUGAUAUUUAAGUUAGUGGCCCAAUUCAAGUGACUCUGAGGUGAUCACUGGAGGCCAGUCUCUGGAUGUUCCUCACCUUUAUUAUUACUCCUGAUGUGUUGUAUUAUUUUUCCUGUGUGGUAUCGUGACUUGUUUUCUUUUUUCUUUCUUUUCCUUGUUGAUUUAUAUUUUUCCUUGGCUCUUUUUGUACAUUUUGUA